AUGUACACCUUCAAUGAGAAAGUGUUGUCGGGCGAGAGCGCUAGACAGUCACCUCUUCAAGGGUGCAAAGACUGGUCUGAGCUGAUGGCACCGGCUGAAGAGGCCAAAAACUUCCAGUGGGGGGAGCUGCCGGGAGACAAAUGUCACAAAGCAAUCGCGCUCAACUACUCGUCCGGGACAACAGGUGUUCCCCAGGGCGUUGAAGUCACGCAUUUCAACUAUAUCGCCAACACUCUGUACCUGGUUCUGCUUUUUGCCACUGACCAUGCCAUGGCCCAGACGAUAUUCAUUGCUGGCAGUCUUCUUCGCGAGAUUCCCGUUAACAUCAUGGCAAAAAUGAUGCUGAAGAACAUCCAAAGGUUCAAAAUCACCGAACUUACCUUAGUCCCGCCGAUUGCGGUGACCCUUGUCAAGCACCCUGCCACCAAGAAAUUUGACCUGAGCAGUAUCGAGUCAGCCUGUGCUGGAGCAGCUCCUCUUAACAGCGAGACGUGCCGCGCCCUGGAAAAGAUCUGCGGCAAAAGAUUCAACAUGAGGCAGGGCUGGGCCAUGACUGAGGAAUCGGCGUCUUUCGGGGUCGGCGAGCCCAACGCAAACUGCGAGGCGAUGAUCAUGCGAAUUGAGACCGACGCCCAGGGUAACGAGUCGUUUUCAGAGGUCACUGCCCGUGGCCCUGAGCACACCGGUGAACUCUGGGUCCGCGGGCCGAACGUCAUGAAAGGCUAUUGGCGAAACCCAGAGGCUACAGCUAAGACCUUUUCGAACGACGGAAAGAGAUGGCUAAGGACAGGAGACGUUGCUUACGUUGAUGAAGGUGGAUGCUUCUAUAUUGUCGACCGCAUCAAAGAACUGAUCAAGGUCAAGGGGAACCAAGUGGCUCCCGCCGAACUCGAGGCACUUCUCCUCGAGCAUCCUGGCAUCGCCGCUGCUGCUGUCAUUGGUAUCCCAACGGCCGACGGGGAUGAAAAGCCCCGCGGUUUGUGGUAA